AUAUGUUCUAGGGCCCAGCACAGUAAGAGCAGGAAUGUUUGUUAUUAAACGGGUUUUACCAUCUAAUAUUUCUUUAGCUCUUUAUUGAAACCUAGCAAGAUAAAUCAUCCCCAAUUGACAAGUUGGGAAAUUGAACUUCAAAAGUUUAGAGAAAAGGAUUUGUCAUUAUGGUCCUUUGGUAAAAUCCAAAAGCAGAACCAAGCUAUUCCUCCAAGUGAGAUUAGAGUUUAUGAGAUAGCAGGAUGCUGGAGGCAGCAAGAUUAAAUGCCUAGGGAUUCUGGAUCUGCGUUCUCUCUGAACUCAGGAGGGAGGAAGAACCCUUAUUAAAAUAUUUUGCAUUCAUACCGAUCAAUUCUGAGAACUCAGCUGGAUCAGUCAGGAAGUCAGAGCAGGUGGAUGGAUGUGGACUCCUUCUCCUGAUGGGCAACCCACUGAAGUCCUGCCACUGGAGACAGUGGGAGCAGAAAUACCCAUAGAGGUGGCCUUUCCAAGGUACACCAAACCGCUCACCUUUGCUGACUGCAUUAGUGAUGAGCUGCCACUGGGAUGGGAAGAGGCGUAUGACCCACAAGUUGGAGAUUACUUCAUAGACCACAACACCAAAACCACUCAGAUUGAGGAUCCCCGGGUACAAUGGCGGCGGGAGCAGGAGCACAUGCUGAAGGAUUACCUGGUGGUGGCCCAGGAGGCUCUGAGUGCACAAAAGGAGAUCUACCAGGUGAAGCAGCAACGCCUGGAGCUCGCGCAGCAGGAGUAUCAGCAGCUACAUGCCGUCUGGGAGCACAAGCUGGGCUCCCAGGUCAGCUUGAUCUCUGGCUCAUCAUCCAGCUCGAAGUAUGACCCCGAGAUCCUGAAAGCCGAGAUUGCCACUGCAAAAUCCCGGGUCAACAAGCUGAAGAGAGAGAUGGUUCACCUGCAGCACGAGCUACAGUUUAAAGAGCGCGGUUUUCAGACCCUGAAGAAAAUCGAUAAGAAAAUGUCUGAUGCCCAGGGCAGCUACAAACUGGAUGAAGCUCAGGCUGUCUUGAGAGAAACCAAAGCCAUCAAGAAGGCCAUCACCUGUGGGGAAAAGGAAAAGCAAGAUCUCCUUAAGAGCCUCACCAUGCUCAAGGACGGCUUCUGCACCGACAGAGGGUCUCACUCCGACCUGUGGUCCAGCAGCAGCUCUCUGGAGAGCUCAGGUUUCCCACUGCCAAAACAGUACUUGGACGUGAGCUCCCAGACGGACAUCUCGGGGAGUUUCGGCACCAGCGGCAACAAUCAAUUGGCAGAAAAGGUCAGACUGCGUCUUCGAUAUGAAGAGGCUAAGAGAAGGAUCGCCAACCUGAAGAUCCAGCUGGCCAAGCUCAACAAUGAGGCCUGGCCCGGGGUGCUAGACUCAGAGAGGGACCGGCUGAUCCUCAUCAACGAGAAGGAGGAGCUGCUGAAGGAGAUGCGCUUCAUCAGCCCCCGGAAGUGGACCCAGGGGGAGGUGGAACAGUUGGAGAUGGCUCGGAAGCGUCUGGAGAAGGACCUGCAGGCAGCCCGGGACACCCAGAGCAAGGCGCUGACAGAGAGGUUAAAGUUAAACAGCAAGAGGAACCAGCUGGUCCGAGAGCUGGAGGAGGCCACCAGGCAGGUAGCAGCUCUACACUCACAACUGAAGAGCCUCUCAAGCAGCAUGCAGUCCCUGUCCUCGGGCAGCAGCCCUGGUUCCCUCACAUCUAGCCGGGGCUCCCUGGCCGCCUGCAGCCUGGACUCCUCCGCCUCGGCCAGCUUCACUGACCUCUACUACGACCCCUUUGAGCAGCUGGACUCGGAGCUGCAGAGCAAGGUGGAGCUUCUGCUCCUGGAAGGCACCACGGGCUUCCGGCCCUCGGGUUGCAUCACCACUAUCCACGAGGAUGAGGUGGCCAAGACCCAGAAGGCAGAGGGAGGUGGCCGCCUGCAGGCCCUGCGCUCCCUGUCUGGCACCCCAAAGUCCAUGACCUCCCUGUCCCCACGCUCCUCCCUCUCCUCCCCAUCCCCGCCCUGCUCCCCUCUCAUUGCUGACCCCCUUCUGACUGGAGAUGCCUUUCUGAGCCCGCUGGAGUUUGAAGACCCAGAGCUAAGUGCCACUCUGUGUGAGCUGAGCCUCGGGAGCGGCAACCGGGAGAGAUACCGGCUGGAAGGAGCAGAGGGCAAGCCUUUGGGCCAAGCUGUGAAUGCAGCCCAAGGGUGCGGCCUCAAAGUGGCCUGUGUCUCAGCCGCAGUGUCAGACGAGUCAGUGGCUGGGGACAGUGGUGUGUACGAGGCUUCUGUGCAGAGACUGGGUGCUUCAGAAGCCACUGCUGCAUUCGACAGUGAUGAAUCAGAAGCAGCAGGUGCCACUCGGAUUCAGAUUGCCCUGAAGUAUGAUGAGAAGAAUAAACAAUUUGCAAUAUUAAUCAUCCAACUCAGUAACCUUUCUGCUCUGUCCCUGCUGCAAGACCAGAGAGUGAACAUCCGCGUGGCUAUCCUCCCUUGCUCUGAAAGCACCACCUGCCUAUUCAGGACCCGGCCCCUGGACGCCUCGGACACCCUCUUGUUCAACGAGAUGUUCUGGGUGUCGGCGUCCUACCAAGCCCUUCACCAAAAGACCUUACGAGUCGAUGUCUGCACCACCGACAGGAGCCACGUGGAAGAGUGCCUGGGAGGUGCCCAGAUCAGCCUGGCAGAGGUGUGCCGCUCUGGGGAGAGGUCGACUCGCUGGUACAACCUCUUGAGCUACAAAUACUUGAAGAAGCAGAGCAGCGGGCCCAAGGCAGCUGGAGCCACGGGCCCCAGCCCAGGGCCUGAACGCACGGACGCUGUGUCUGCCCUGCUAGAGCAGACGGCAGUGGAGCUGGAGAAGAGGCAGGAGGGCAGCAGCAGCUCACGGGCGCUGGGAGACAGCUGGAGGUACGAGGAGGAGACCUGCGAGAAUGAGGCUGUGGCUGAGGAGGAGGAGGACGAAGAGGGGGAGGAAGCGGAGGGAGAAGAAGAUUUUUUUGCAGAGAAAGCCUCCCCAGAUGAUAACCCGGCAUUGAAGGUGGACAAAGAGACCAACACGGACACGGUGGCCCCAUCCCCCACAGUGGUGCGGCCCAAGGACCGGCGUGUGGGCACCCCAUCGCCAGGGCCAUUUCUUCGGGGAAGCACCAUCAUCCGCUCCAAGACCUUCUCCCCAGGGCCCCAGAGCCAGUACGUGUGCCGGCUGAAUCGGAGCGACAGUGACAGCUCCACUCUCUCCAAAAAGCCACCUUUUGUGCGAAACUCCCUGGAGCGGCGCAGCGUCAGGAUGAAGCGGCCUUCCUCUGGGAAAUCCCUGCGCACUGAGCGCCUGAUCCGCACCUCGCUGGACCUUGAGCUGGACCUGCAGGCAACGCGAACCUGGCACAGCCAACUGACUCAGGAGAUUUCGGUGCUGCGGGAGCUCAAGGAGCGGCUGGAGCAAGCCAAGAGCCGCGGGGAGAAGGAGCUGCCACAGUGGCUGCGCGAGGACGAGCGCUUCCGCCUGCUGCUGAGGAUGCUAGAGAAGAGGAUGGACCGCACAGAGCACAAGGGUGAGCUGCAGACAGACAAGAUGAUGAGGGCGGCCGCGAAGGAUGUGCACAGGCUGCGCGGCCAAAGCUGUAAGGAGCCCCCAGAAGUACAGUCAUUCAGGGAGAAGAUGGCGUUUUUCACCCGGCCUCGGAUGAACAUCCCAGCUCUCUCCGCAGAUGAUGUCUAAUCACCAGAAAAGUAUUCCUUUUGUCCCUCUGACCACGCUGUGAAUGUUGACUGUGGCUAAAGUUAUUUAUGUGGUGUUAUAUGAAGGUACUGAGUCACAAGUCCUCUAGCUCUUGUUGGUUUGAAGAUGAACCGAUUUUUUUAGUUUGGGUUUUAUUGUUAUUAUUAAAAAAAAAAAAUACAAAAAAAAACAGCAUUAAAAAUGACAAGAUUGUAUAGUUUGUAUAUUUAGGAAUGUAUUUUUGGGAAAGAAAAUUUAAAUGAACUAAAGCAGUGUUAAGUUACUGCUCUUCCUAAAAAUCUAGAUUUUUUUUUUCCUUUUUUUGUACAGUCACACCUUUUAGAGGUUUUCCUGCAAUAAAAAGUCAUGUUUGAGGGACGAUAAUCCUGAAAGGACGUCCUACAGAUGACACAGCACAGCUAACCUUUCCUAGUUAACAUAUUUUGUAUAAUAUUAAAAAAAAAUGCAAAGACACCGUUUUGGGGAUUGAGAGGUGCAUCCAUGAAUCUUCAUGAGCUGUGACGUCUUUUAUGUGGCCGCCUGACUGCGGUGGGCAGCGCAGAGCUGGCCGAGCAUCCAGCCCAGGCUGGCGAUGGGCCACACUGCUCUCAGAUGCCCCGUGAAGCCACUGAUGGGAGUGAGGGAGGGCUGCGGAGAACUCCAUCCAGUUGUGUCUCCAUCAAUAAAGUGGCCUUUGAGAAGAA